GUAUCUUAAUUUCUCUGUGAAACAAAGUGGAAAUGUUAGUACUGAGUUAAACAGUAGCAACGCUUAAUAGGAAGGGAGAGAGCACACGGUCUGGAAUGUAGCAUGGCAAGGACAACUUACUAAUGUCAGAGCCUGCUUUAUGGAAUGCUGUUUCAGUGCAGCAGUGCCAGGGGCAGAGUAAAAGUGAUAGACAAAUAUACACAGGGUAGGGUCAGUGUCCUCAGUCUGUUGUCUCAAAUCAGUAUUCUGCAUGCAUUAGAGUUUGGGCUCAGUAUUCUAUGUGCUAUCAAUCCGUGGGCAUUGGCAUUCUGUUGCAGUGGCAGGGAGCUCACCUCUGUGUCUCACCGGGCAAGGAAAACUAUUUCAGUGUGUGCACAGUGUAUAAUCAGUUCCCAUACAGAGGCGUUUUAGUGCGAUGGCUGCAAGACGGGACCAAGUGAUCCAUUUAUUGAGGCAACUGCAGCGAGCAUCAUGCAAGUGUCCGGCUCAUUCUCACACUUAUUCUCAAGCUCCAGUUACUGGGAGAAAAACAGAGUAUGCAUUUGAGAUGGCAGUUUCAAACAUUAGAUAUGGAGAAAAUGUUACCCAGGAAAUUGGCAUGGACUUGCAGAAUCUGGGAGCCAGGAAUGUGUGUGUGAUGACUGAUAGGAACCUUGUGGAGCUCUCCCCUGUGAAGGCUGUAUUAAAUUCACUAGUAAAGAAUAACGUCAGCUUCAAAUUGUAUGACAGGGUCCGAGUGGAGCCAACCGAUAAAAGCUUUAUGGAUGCUAUUGAGUUUGCUAAGAAAGGGCAGUUUGAUGCUUAUGUUGGUGUUGGAGGAGGUUCUGUAAUUGACACAUGCAAAGCUGCCAACUUGUACUCUUCUAGCCCUGGGGCUGAUUUCCUGGAUUAUGUCAACCCUCCAAUAGGAAAAGGCAAAGCAGUGACCGUGCCACUUAAACCACUCAUUGCGGUCCCAACCACAUCUGGAACUGGAAGUGAGACAACAGGAAUCGCUAUAUUCGACUAUGAAGAACUAAAAGCUAAAACAGGUAUUGCAUCUAGAGCUAUUAAGCCCACUCUAGGUUUGAUUGACCCAGUGCACACACUUUCUAUGCCUGAAAGAGUAGUUGCAAACAGCGGUUUUGAUGUAUUGUGCCAUUCCCUGGAGUCCUACACUGCCCUUCCAUAUAACAUGCGCAGCCCCUGUCCUACCAACCCAAUUAACCGCCCAGCUUAUCAGGGGAGCAACCCUAUUAGCGAUGUGUGGGCUAAACACGCCUUGAGGAUCGUGGCCAAGUAUUUAAAGAGAGCUGUAAGAAAUCCUGAUGACCGCGAAGCUCGGUUCGCCAUGCACUUGGCAAGUUCAUUUGCAGGAGUAGGCUUUGGAAAUGCAGGGGUACACCUUUGCCACGGAAUGUCGUACCCUAUUGCAGGGCACGUGAAGACCUACAGAGCAAAAGAUUACGAAGUGGAUCAUCCAUUAGUGCCCCAUGGCCUUUCUGUUGUUCUCACAUCUCCUGCAGUAUUUUCAUUCACAGCAUUAAUGUGUCCUGAGCGACAUCUGGAGGCAGCAGAAAUACUGGGAGCUGACAUCCGGACUGCCAAAAUCAAAGAGGCCGGGCUUAUCUUGGCAGACACCUUACGGAAAUUUCUGUACGACCUGAAUGUUGAUGAUGGUUUGGCAGCUGUAGGAUAUACUACUGAGGAUAUACCAGCCCUGGUGAAAGGAACUUUGCCCCAGGAGCGAGUAACAAAGCUGUCUCCUCGAGCGCAUUCAGAAGAGGAACUUGCCGGGUUAUUUGAGGCCUCGAUGAAACUCUAUUGAUGCAGAUUGGUGGUUGAUCUGCAUAAAUCCAUGAGGGAACAUGCAAGUGAUUGGUAUUGUUAUCUCUAAUAAAGCUGGGGUCUUGUA